AUGGAGUUCACCAAAUUCGAAAGGCUGAUCCGGAAAUUCAGGUCCCUUACCCUUCGGCCAUCAUAUCACCUGCGACCAGAAGAUGAGCCUACUAAAGUGGGACCGGCUGAAAGCUGUCAGUAUAGUUGCUUUUUAACUCUACCAGCAGAACUGCUUGAAAAUAUUGUUUCGUUUCUGGAACCUGAGGAUCUGCUUUCCCUUCGGCUUACGUGCAAUGCCUGCUAUGAGCAGACACAGCUCUACUUUGCUGCACUCCUUACCGAAAUGAAGCUGGGUUUUUCGGAAAACAGCCUGAGUAAGCUCGAGGCUAUAUCUCAAGACUCACGUUUCAAUCGUCGUAUCCAGUCACUUCGGAUGUCACCAGAUCGUAGUUCAGGGGUUCUGGGUGGUGGCAUCUCAUGGGAACGAGACCUCGAAGGCUAUCUUGCGAUCCCUCAACCUGCAGUUCAAAGGAAACGCGAUAUUUUAUUAUCUCUCACAAACCUUCAGUCACUUGAACUUACCAAUUACACUGAGCAAUACUCGACCGAAGAUCGAAUAGAACCCUUCGAAGCCAUUAGAAUUCUCACCUAUAUCAUUGCCGAGACUGGUCUACCACUUAAUUCCCUUGCCAUUGUCUACAGGUCGAUCCCUGUGAUGGAUGAUAGCUAUAUGGGAUUUGAGGAUCUUGAGAAACCAGGGUUCCUUUCCUCGAUGUCCCAUAUUCAAAGCCUUUCGCUCGAAUGCGAUAAACAAUCUGUCAAUCUGGACUGGUUAGGUGAAAUAGUCCAAGCUGCCACCAGUUUAAAGAGUUUGAAGUUCGUGUCAUAUUCAGGAUCAGAACAAGGUCUUGAUAAUCGGGCUUGGGAUUCUAUUGAUCGAUGUGCUCCUCUAGAAAAAAUUAUCCUGCAGAAAGCAGGUUGGCCGGCACCGGAACCCUGCAUUCAAUUUCUUCGACAAUAUCGUUCAACCUUGCGGACUCUUUGUCUUCAGUCUAGUUAUUUGGAGACACCUGGAUGGUCGGCGGUCCUUGCGGAGCUCAGGGAUAAUUUCCCCGUCCUGACCAAUUUCAAAGUCUUCAUGCUAAGGCAGCCUCCUGGUGACUACAGGUAUAGUGUUGAUUUCUAUAACAUCCCCGAGGUACCUGGCAGUGCAUGUGUGGAGUUCACUUCAUUUACCGAUAUUAUCGUGGACCAGCCGGCCCCCAGAAAAUAUGGAUCUGAGCUUUUAUACUGUUAUAAGCGCCCCCGUCAUGGCCCCAUAGUGGUGGGUGUCAAAUAUAGCGGACCCGACAUGAAAUUGGUUUUGCAAGAGAUGAUAAAUUAUGUCAGGGUUACUCCACUUUUUACACCCAGGGUUACACGCCCAUAACGCCUCGGAUCCGACUACCAUCAUCAAGGACAUACAAUAGAUCUUGCAUUGGCAGUCUCAUGUCAUUAUAUGAUUUUAUGAGGUAUAUAGAUAAAUGUAUAUAGUUAAGUCAACAAAGUAGUUUUUAUCCAAUAGCAGUUUGAAUUAUCAGAUGUUUCGUGCAUUACUAGCUUUAUUUUAUAGACAGCAUAAUAGCCUUGUUCAACCAACAACAUGAAGUAAAUCCUAAGAUGUGGAUAUCCAACUAUCUUGAAAUGAAUGUGCUCAAGCAGCCGCCAAAGUUAGUACCAUCGACUGUUAUCCCAGCGGAGCUACCGGCUAGUGUAUAAGAUGACUGUGCCCUGGACCAGAUUAUCGGCUUGUGCUAGAAUGUGAAAUUUGCGACGAUGAGAGAGCUGGAGGAUGAAACGAAGAGGCUGUCUCUUGUUAUCUUUGCUGAGUGAAGCCGAACGGGGCCAUUUGAAGCGGCAGAUGAAGGGUCAAAAGUUGGUCUUCUGCUGCUUUCUGUGUCUUCUGAGGCCUUCUCCUCUCUUCAAUGGGUAUCCAUUAGCUACCUACUGGUGUUUAUGUUACGUUAGUCGGCGUCUCCUGGUGUAUCGCUCGACCCGUAGAUAAACAGCUAGAUGACGAACAGUGUCGACCGGAGAUAAGUUGAGUGAGUCUCGCAUAGACGGAUGAAUAAUAUAGAAGCCAGACAGGAGCAUCCAACGGAGUUAAGCACUACGACACGAUUAGUUAAAUGUAUUUAUAAUGCUGUUUCGGCUGAGGUUUGGGAUGCCGGGCGUGCCAUUGGCCGCGGGUGGAGACGAAGCGGAUCA